CACCAGGACACGGCAGAGUACCACGAUGAGAGAGAGUGACAGUGAAGUAGAGAGAGAGAGAAAGAGAGACUAGUGUUUGUGAGAGUAAUAUUACACUGUUUGGGCUGCUAUUUGCUCAAGGGAAUAUCCACUAAAGACAUUCAGCCAUCUAAACACCACACACUGCAGUGAAUCUGAACUCUUCAUAGACUGAUCCCACCGCAGAUGACAUGCAGCCUCAGAGGACGGUGGUGUGUGAGCAUCUAAACGGCUCACGGAUUGUUUUCUCAGAUGAAGGUCGACAAGGAAAUGCUCUCUCUCCAGACAUGACCCAGGAAGUAGUGGUGAUCUCCCCAGGACUGCCCACACCUCCUCUGAGCCCCUACUACAAAACCACUGCUUCUGCACCUUCUCAACAGAAGGUUGCGGAGGUGAAUGGAGGUGGAGUCCCUGCCCCAAGUUUUGGAUCCUACUACGGUCCCUGCCAGUCACAUGAUGGGUUAGCUAAUGGUGGGCCACGUUCUGCCACUCUGCCCCACACUUCCACCACCAGAGAGGAGAGGCUCAUCAAGUACUCUGGUAUCGGGCCUGUGGAUGAGACAGGCAUGCCAAUCGCAUCUCGAUCAAGUGUGAAUAAGCCCAAGGACUGGUACAGGAGCAUGUUUAGACAGAUCCACAAGAGACCUGAGGAGCUAGAAAUUGACUGGAAAGAAAGGAGGCUGUCCCCCAGUCCCCCUUUAGAGUCCAACCAGGAGCAUGGUCAUGGGCCAGGAAAAGACCCCUUCACUCUCACCCAGCAUGGAGCUCUACCUGACUGGGCCGAUCUGGGAGACGUAGUGAAGAUUCCAGAACCGAAGAGCAUUUUCGACUUUGAGCCGGGACAGGAAAGCGCGGUGGAGGAUCAUAAGCUGUCACCUAGACAACCGCCUGUGCGCUGCCCUGCUGAGACACCCCGUUCCCCCUCCAUAGAGGCUGCUUUGGAGUCAGAGCUGAACCGUUUUGAAGCAGAGCUGGAGUCAGACAUCCGGGGCAUUGAGAGGAAGAUUUCCCUGAAGAAGCAGCAGCGGCAAGGCAGGGGUGAGGCUGGUAGAGGCGACUCUACAGGAGCCGGACCUGCUGGGAGAGGACCGGACAACAGCUAUUUGACUGGAGAAAAGCAUCUCGGGACGAAAGACGGAGUAGGUGCACCUCUCAGCCGCCCAGCAAUCCCUUGCUCCAGCGUUCAGCCGGACCUUGCACCUAUUACCACAUAUGCUAACGACAGAACAGCGUGUGUGUCUGGAGAUAUGGACUUCCCACCAAAGAGAGAGGAGAAGAAGAUGAAAGCAGCAAGAGCCAAAUUCAAUUUCCAAGCACAGUCGCCCAAGGAGCUGACCCUGCAGAAGGGUGAUGUGGUGUACAUCCAUCGCCAGGUCGAUGCCAACUGGUAUGAAGGAGAGCAUCACGGCAGAGCAGGAAUCUUCCCCACCAGCUACGUGGAGAUUAUUCCCCCAACGGAGAAACCCGUCCCGAUAAAGUCUCCUACUGUGCAGGUGCUGGAGUAUGGAGAGGCCAUGGCCCUCUUCAACUUCACCGCUGAUCUGCCUGUGGAACUGUCCUUCCGGAAGGGAGAGGUGAUCUCUAUAACCCGGCGGGUGGACGAUCACUGGCUGGAGGGUCGCAUCCCUGGCACCAACCGCAGUGGAAUUUUCCCUGUUAACUAUGUCCAGGUCAACAAAAUGCCUCGCACCAAAAUGGCUGAUGACCUUUCAGUCGCUCCUCUGUCCCCUAUUGCCUUGGAGCCACGCAGCCCUGGCAGGCCCCUGCACUCCCCCUUCUCCCCCUCACACUCCCCCUCCUCUCACAGCCCUCAGCCUCUGCUUUCACCCCACCAACACUCCAGCCAGUCACGCUCGCCCCUCUCACCCGCACAGCCCGCCUCCACAAAACAGCCGUCCGAUCACUUUGUGUACUCGCCUGGCCCGGCCUCACCCACCCCACCCAACAGCCACUGGAGUGGGUCACCGCAGCCUUCAACUUACAGCUCACUGGACAGAGAAGUGAGGUCACCUGUGUCACCAUCCAAUCAUGUGAUGCCGUCUCCUCAGGGUCCGGGACUGGCUGUGAAUUCCAACCCACGGCCUUCGUAUACCGCUCAGGAUGGGACCAGAACACACUCUCCUCAGCAUUACACGCAUGUAAAGACGCCACCGUCAGCGCAGUCGCUUGUCAACAGCAGCUCUGCUGUCAUACCACGGCAACCGUAUAAGGCUGUUUAUAACUACAAGCCCCAGAAUAGGGAUGAGCUGGAGCUGAGGGAGGGAGACAUCGUCCAGGUGAUGGAGAAGUGUGAUGACGGCUGGUUUGUAGGUACGUCUGAGAGGACCCAUGCUUUCGGAACAUUCCCUGGCAACUAUGUGGCACCUGUGUGAAAACACUCCUUACAUAUGUUUAACUGUUUGGCACAUCCACUGCUGCUCCAGGCCUACUCACCAAUUAACAAGAAGAUCCACUCAUACACACACACACUCAUGCUCCUAGAUCAUCACAUUCAUCACUUUCAACCUCCAGAACAUUUGCAUGCACACUCCAUUCACAUUUUGAGCACUUCUGUGUGUGUGUGCUUUCACAAGCACUCCCUGGCUGUAUUGGCAAUGGCAGAGAUGUUGUGUGGAAUAGAAGAAUAACCAACCCACCAUCAUCAGUGACUCACUCACAGGUGGCCAUGGAUACUUGGUGGACUGGACUGUUGCCAUAGGAUACAAUAGACUUGCUCCAUCAACCCUUAAAGUUCAUGAACAUUUUCAUAUCCAAGCACAUGCUUAUUUCACGGCACAACUAAUGCUGAUCACCAUGAUGAGCUUCUGGUUUACUCUCGUGUGUACAAAUGACCUCCAUCCUGCCUUUCAGAUUUGUAAAAGCACGGCGCUGUGAAUACUCUACGCCACCAGGAGGAAGUGCACACAUCUGGAAAGAGGGACUGUUUUCAACCAUGUGAUUUACACCGUCACAGAUAAUAUUAGUGUUUUUUUUUGCUGGCUUUGCUGAAAUCCAUUUGAUGUUAUCCACACAAUAGCAACAGCAAACUUUGAUGCUACAGCUUCGGUUAUCUCUUACUCUAUCACUCAGGCUUAUGUGGAGGCACUAUUGAAUGAUCAGCUCACUCUUCUGCAUUGUAGAGACUUUUGGUGAGACAUUUGUGAUGGACAAAGGAAGUAGUUCAUGCAUAACUGACCCCAGAAUGUAAAGUGGAGCACUGGGAUGUGAAGUGUAGGUUGACAGAAUGAUACUGAGGUACACAGUGUGUAAACGCCCAACAACGUGUGAUACGUGAUACAUUCAUACCAGCGCUAUACUUACUACCAUACCAUGGUGUUGCUGCUGCGCUGUUCACCACCCAAAUAAUGUCUGGUCAGCAGUGGUCCCAUUAUAGUCCAGUUUACACUGAUGGACGUGGUAGGAGGCGACUCAUGGAUUGUGCAGCAACAGAUGGGCUACAAUCUGUAACCUUAAACCUGCAGAGUGCACAUAUGUGGUAGGUGUUUCUGAUUAAAAGGCCAAAGAGUGUAACUAAAUGGUAGAGGUACUGAAUAAACUGGCAACACAUUGUACUGAUCGCAUCAGUGUAGUAGCACCAUCUGUGAAUGGGAAAAUGUGACCAUUUGCCAAGCCAUCCACAGAAUGAGGAUGCGGGAUAGUGUUUUAAGUUGGGGUGCAAUUACAUGCCAUUUUUUUCUUGAUUAAAUUAUCAUUUACAUCCAUCAGAACAUAUUAUAAUGUGGCAUGAGACAAAAUAUGCACAUAUAACAGAUACCGCUGAUGCACACCCAGCUGCGCUUACUCUCCUCCUUUCUGGAUUGAGUUUAUGCAAAUUAACUGAGAGGGGACCAAUCAGAUUGUUGAUAUUUGGCACAUUCACCAGUUUUGUCACACCCAUAGGCUACAAUUCAAUAUUCGAACAGAUAUUGAGUGGAACAUAUGGUUGGAAAAAAAUGCUAAAAAUAUGGAAUUUGAUUUUUUUUACUGUUAUUAUAAAAAUAAUAGUAAUAUUAGUCUGCUAAUACUGCUUGUGUCACUGCCAGUGUGACCCUACAUUUGCAGAGCGACCUCGCCCAGUAGUGAAAAUGCAGCGUUAACUUAAACAGUGCAUGGCUACUGCAGAUUUUGCAGAAAAAUGAAAAAUAAAACAAAACAAAUACUUAAGUAUUUCUAGCAGUUGCAGUUACGCAAUCCUGAAAACUGGGUGGUGCGUGGCCCCCUCAGCACUUUCCCACAUUCUGUGCCCUUAAGUAUUGGACAGGCAAUAGCAAAAAGGUAUGGGCUCCCAUUUUUCAACCCUUAUCAAACUUUCCAAUACAUUGAAAGCUGACAUACCAAUAUAGUAUAAAAUGUACCUCCAGUGUUUCAGGCAAAAAUAACUGAUCAUAUUGAAAACAACUGUAUAAACUCAGGCCAACAAAACAGAUGACAUGUAAUUCUGAGUGCAGCCAAAUUAUGUCUCAUUAUAUCUGACCAUCAACUGUACUACGCUGUGAUUUCAAACCUAAAAGUUGACGACUUUAUAAACAUUCCUUCCAUUUUCCAUCAUAGAACGUAUCUGCACGCUGUAAUAGAGGUGUGAGACCAACCGUAAGUUACUUGGAAAACUGUUAAGUUGCAAAAACAAGAUGUUUAGAAUGCUCUGCUUUGGGUUGUAUUAUUUGAAAUAUCUGACUUCUUUUCUAACUCGAGAUUUCUGUUCCUUAAUAUUUUUCUGACCGCUGAAAUCGACUUAUAUGCCAUAUGUUGUACAGAUAUUAAAACUGUUAUCAGACUUCAAAUAUAAUAUAUAUUUUUAUUGACCACACAGUGUAUUUCAGCAUCUAUGGUACUCACAGAUUUUGAUAACAGUCGAAUAAAUAUAUCCAAUGCUGAA